UACUAUGGUCUUACCGAUGGCGUCGAACAAACUAACUAUUGUUGUCUGUAUACAAGCCUAAGAAUUUCCAUUUGAAAUAAAAUAUGUUUGCUUUACGACUGUUAUUCAAUUAUUUUUUGUAUUUUUUAUAUCAUUAGUAUUUUAGUUAUUUUUAAAAAUCAGUACAAUCGUGCUAUACUUUUUAUGUGAUAAUUAUCAGGUAUGGGUGUAUGGCUGUAUCAAAAUGUCAACUAAAAUGUUCAAUUGAUUUAGAUAAUUGCGAAAMUUAUACGCGUUAAGUCAGCUGUCAGCUAUAGUUAUAAUUGCUAUUAGUCARUAGUCACUAUGUCUCAAAAUGAUAACAAUCAAAAUCUCAUUUCUCCAAAAAAGGCAUCCGAAUUGAGAAAUGAAAAGAGAGGAGCUUACGCGGCUAUAUUAUUAUCAGGAGUAAUUAUCACUGUAUUCGUGGUGUAUUAUUUAAUAUUAGGAGAGGAAUCGCGGAAAAAAAAUUCUUUACAGCUCAUUAUAGCCAUUUUUAGACAAGGAGACCGAAGUCCAUUGAGAUGGGAAACUUAUCCUAAUGACAUGUAUGCACCUACAAGCGAAGGGACAUGGCCAGACGGCCUUGGGCAGUUGACCAAUGCUGGAAAAUUAAAGUCAUAUGAAUUUGGAAGACGAUUUCGAAAGCGGUACACGAAAUUUCUCCCAGCCACCUACAAUAGUAGCUUUGUUUUGGUAAAGAGUACAGAAACUGAUCGUACACAAAUGACGGCGUCAGCAUUUUUAGCAGGAGCUUUUCCUCCCGGUGGUAAACAAAUUUGGAACAAUGAUUUACCAUGGAUACCUAUACCAAUCCAUUCGAUAUCUCCAAWUCAAGACAACAUGCUUAGAGUAACAAUGCCUUGUCCUGCAUAUGACGUAGAAUUUGAAAAAGCAAAAAAUGAAACUGAAAAACAUAUGUUAAUCAAGUAUAAAAAUUUCUUCAACUAUGUAUCUAGUCAUACGGGCUUAGAAAUAAAACAUCUUUCAGACGUUGAAAAUAUAUUCAAUUCAUUAACUAUUCAGCAAAGAAAUCAUCUGACUUUGCCAUCAUGGGUAAAAGUUAGAAAUUACAUGGGUCUUAUGGAAAAUAUUGUUUUAGAAUGGUUAAUAACUUAUUCGAAAACRGAUUUCAUGAAAAAAUUAAGAUCUGGGAAACUCAUUGGAGAAAUAGUUAGAGUAAUGAGGGACAAAAUGGAUGGAAGAUUAAACCCUGACAGAAAAAUGUUUGCUUACUUUAGUCAUGAGCAGACGUUAAUUGAUUUUUUACAUACAUUGGGAAUGAAAAAUCUUUUUAAACCUAGUUACGGAGCUGCAGCUUUUGUCGAAUUACACAAAAUCAAAGAAGAAUUCUAUGUAAAAAUAAUGUACACAAAAAGCUACGACACUCCAGAUAUUCUAUCUCUAGAAAUGGAAGGCCAAACUAGUUUUUUACCAACAUUGGAAGAUUUCAUAAUAUCAACCGAAAAUUAUGUACCAAAGAAUUGGGAAAAAGAAUGCCAGCUUAAAUAACAUAUUCGACUAUUAUAUCAAUUAAAAUGUAUCCAUUAUUUUAGUUGCAUUCUUGCAUAUUAUGUAUUAUAUUGUGUCUAUAUUAAUAAUCUUUAAUUGAUAUUUCACCUACUUUGAAUUAUAAUUUAUAAGUACGUAUUUCUGUAUUUGUAUAAUGUAUAGAGCCAGAGCGUAUAGAUUGCGAGAGAUUUACUCAUUGUACAAUUGCUAUUAUUAGUGGUAGGUAAUUAUUACAAUAUCGCCUAUAAAUUUAUAAUAAAAAAU